CAGCGACAUCGUCGAUACUCAGCAUGGCCGGGCCAUCACGUGCCCCAGACACCUCCGCUCCUCAAUGGCGACAGUUUACAUUCUUUGAUCUUGACAGCGUCAAGGAUGCGAGCGAUCUCGCCUCGGCUCCUCGAGCGAUCCAGGAGCUCUCCCCUCCCGUGGUUGCGACGCCGACUUCGCCGGACUCGCCUCUAAAUCCGUCACUCAUCGUAUCUUCAGGCAACACAAUCACCAUCUUCGACCGACAUUUUGUGCCCGAGCGCGCCUUUCCGGCGUGGGAAGGCAACGGGCGAGCUACGGCCCUGGUAGAAGCUGGAGGACUCUUACUCGCUGUGGGAGAAGAUGAAGGCAGCCGCCAACCUGUUCUGAAGGUGUGGGACCUGACGCGAGACGAGAAGCGGCGUCGCGGUGACCCGCUCCUGAUGCGUAACAUCAAGAUCCAGCAGGUCGCCGGGCGACCACACCCUGUAUCGGCGGUUGCGCUCACCACCAACCUUUCACACCUCGCUAUCGGCCUUGGCGAUGGCACCGUCCUGCUAUACCGCCACAUGCUACAGAGUCUUACGACGUCACCGACAGCAUUGACGACGCUGCCCAAGGCGCGCACCGUCGUGGAGGCCCACGAGCGCGCACCGGAAGCCGUCACCGGACUCGGAUUCCGUGAGGGCCGGCUCGAGAAGGGUGGCGUGACGGCGACCGCACUGUUCAUUACUACAACAAACCGUGUGCUGUGUGCACCUGUGUCCACGCGCGGCGGCGAGGCGCGCGUUCUCGACGAGUCGGGUGCCGGUCUUGGAUGCGCGGAAAUGGACGCUGAACGGCAGGAGCUCGUGGUUGCCCGUGACGACGCCAUCUACCGCUACUCGCCCGAGGGCCGGGGCGCAUGUUACGCGUUUGAGGGCCCCAAAUCGUCGAUGGCCGUCGUCAAGCACAACUUGAUCAUCAUUAGCCCGCCGAUGCACGCCGGUAGGAGGAUAAAGGGCGACGAUGUGGCCAAAAUAACUAUCUUUGAUCUCGAAAACAAACUUGUCGCGUACACAGGCGUGUUCCGAAACGGCAUCCGCGCGCUGUUUGCACAGUGGGGGAAUAUCUACGUGCUUGAGGGUAACGGCGAAGUUGCGCGCCUGGAGGAGCACUCCACGAGCGCCAAGCUGGAUGUCCUCUACCGACGAAACCUGUACGUGCUGGCACUUAGCCUCGCGCAGACGCAGGGCGUCAACGACGCGGGUAUUGCUGAGAUUCACCGUCUCUAUGGCGACUACUUGUACGGCAAAGGUGACUUUGACGGCGCGAUGAGUCAAUUUGUCAAGACGCUUGGCUUCAUUCAGCCUUCCUACGUCAUUCGCAAAUUCCUUGAUGCCCAGCGCAUGAACAACCUCACCACGUAUCUUCAGGAACUACACUCGCGUGGUCUUGCGAAUCCAGACCACACGACGCUCUUGCUCAACUGCUACACCAAGAGUGGAAACCGUGCGAGCCUUGACCAGUUCAUCAAAGCCGAGGCGGCACGUGACGUUGACACACUUCCCUUCGACCUCGAAACGGCUAUCCGUGUCUGCCGGCAGGCGGGCUUCUUUGAGCACGCGACGUACCUCGCGCGCAAGUAUGGGCGACACGAGGAGUACCUCCGCAUUCAAAUUGAAGACGCCGAGGAGUUCAAGGACGCUCUCAAGUAUCUGCGCUCGCUUGGGCCUCGAGCAUGCGAGGAGAAUCUCAUCCGCUAUGGUCGAGCUCUUCUACAACACGAACCUCAAGCGACAACUGAGCUCCUCAUUGACCUUUGCUCGGGAACGUUGGGCCGGAAGAAGGCGCACGCGGACAUUCAUCAGAGUCUUGAGGACGCGCGGGCCAACGGUACAAGUUUGACCUCGUAUCUGCCCACCAUCCCCGCACUUGGAGUAAACAGGCUUUGGGGGGAGGCGCAGGGCGUGUCAGCAAAUGGCACAAAUGGCGCUGCCACGCCUGCCGACGCCGCAGCGAAGGAGGAGGAAGAUGCGCCCGCAUAUACGCCGCCAUCUCCGCGACUCUUCUUUGCGCAUUUUGUUGACCAUCGUGACCUCUUCGUUCACUUCCUCGAGGACGUCGCGUACGCUCUGUGGGGCCAGCGGGUAGAGCCCGCCGUGACGCCGGGGCGCGUCGCGCAGCAGCGCGGGAUCGAGGACACGGUAGAGCUGCCAGUGGGUGAGGCGGACCAGCGCGCCGUUUGGAACACACUCCUCGAACUGUACCUCGAUUCUACGCAAGGCGAAGGCGACAUGGUCACUGCCGCACGGGGCAAGGUUUUGGGAUUGCUGGCGGCGCCCAGCAUUCCUUAUGACCCGAUGCACGCACUUGUGCUGUGCUCAAUGGCGGAAUUCACUGACGGUCUCGUCGGUCUCUGGGAGAGCCUCGGGAUGUACGAGGACGUUCUGCGUUAUUGGAUGGAGCGGGAUACGGCCAUUGCCGAAGGCCGCGCGAGUGAGAAGGACGGUGUCAACGCCGCAGACGAGGUCAUGCGUUACCUCGACAUGUAUGGACCUGGUAACCCAAGCUUGUACCCCAUGGUACUUCGAUACAUCACCAGCUCGGGUGCUGUGCUCAGCAGACACAAGGCGAGCUUACCACGUAUCCUCGAGACGAUUGAUUCCGAGCGAAUCAUUCCACCAUUGGCAGUUGUGCAGCUGCUCUCGCGCAACGGUGUGGCGUCGGUCGGCACAGUCAAGGACUGGCUGCGCGCCAAAGUUGAGGAGACACGGCAGGAGAUUGAUGCGGAUAAGGCGCUUGUCGAAAGCUACCGGUCGGAGACAGCGGCCAAGGAGAAGGAGAUCGCCGAUCUUACCAACACUCGCCAGCCAGAGGUGUUCCAGGUGACGCAGUGUGCCGCGUGCGGAGGCCAGCUGGACCUUCCCGCCGUGCAUUUCAUGUGCAAGCACAGCUACCACCAGCGAUGCCUGAGCGACUCUGAACCUGAGUGUAUCCUUUGUGCGCAACAGCAUGCCAUGGUCCGCGAGCUGCGCAAUAACCAAGCACGCCUGGCAGACCGUCACGACCUGUUCCUUGGCGAGGUGCACGAUGCCGACGAUCCAUUUGCGGUUGUUGCGGGCGCGUUCAGCCGUGGCCUGUUCCAGAAGGAGGUGCCCCAGGACGUCUAGACGUCUCUAGAGUGUGGAGUGUGUAGCUUGUGCAUACGAUUAUGGCAUUAUGAAUUUGUUUCAGUAUUGG